CAACUCCGGGACCUUCCACAAAUAUUCCCCAAAGAUAGCCAAGAUCCCGGGCAACCCUGAGUUCCUAUUGGCUGCCCCAUUUCCACCACCACCACCUCUCUCUCUCUCCUACACUUUCUCACUCUAAACCAACCCUCCACAGCCCUCCACCACCACCACCACCACUUCGAACUCAAUUCUUGAACACCCUUUUCACCUUUAAGGAUAGAGAAACAAUGAUAAAGUUAUUGCACGCAAAAAGGGUUCUUUUAAAAUUAGAUUUCUGAAACAAUCCAGAAUCCAAUUUCUGUUCUCAGAUCUGAAAUUCUGAGAAAGCCCAGAACCCCUUGAUAUUCGGGCCGGGUUUUGAGUUUGAUGAAUAACAGCAGCGGCCGUGAAGAAGACCGGAAACAAACGCAGCAGAAUAUGCAGACCGGGUCCGGUCUGACCCGGUACCGGUCCGCCCCGAGCUCCUACUUCUCCGAGCUGUUGAACAGCCCCGCCGGCGGAUUCGGAGCCGACGACUUCGCGCAGCUUUUUAAUCCACGCGCCUCCAGCCCCGAGACUCAGAGAAUCUUCUCCAGAUUCAUGAAUGGCUCCGACGACGCCGACGACAACAAUUUCCCCCCCAAUACGACGUCGUCCUCCCAAUUCCUCUCGCCGGCCAAGCCCGAGCUCGAUCACGCGCCGCCACCGCCGCCGCCGCAGAGUAACGACUAUUCUUAUCAAACCAAGCCCUGGCCGAGCUCGUUUACCCAAUCGCGCGUAGGCCAGAUCAAAUUAGAAGCCGCCGCCGCCGCCGGCGGCGGCCUGAUUCGGCAUAGCAGCUUGCCCGUUGGAUUCUUGGCCAACGUAAACGUCGAAUCUGAGUUUGAAACGACGAGAGAAGCAUCGUUUUCCACCGCCGCCAGAUUCAAUUCCCAAAUCGACUUCUCCUCUUCUUCCGGCGGCGGCGGCGGCGGCGACAAUCCUCGCCCCGACGACGACGGAAGUCGCGGCAACGAGGACAGCUACAUUGCGGAUUACAUCAAUUUUUGGGAAGAUUCGGACAAUUUCCUCGAAACAAUUGUCGAUACUAAGGAAAUUAAACCGUGUCCGAGCUCGAAUGAUCAGGGCAAUGAAGGUCCGAGGAAUCACUCCGGGACGAUGUUGUCUCAUCAUCUAAGCCUCCCUAAAAGGGCAUCGGCUGAGCUAUCGAUGGAAAAGUUUCUUCAGGACAGCGUCCCAUGUAAGAUUAGGGCAAAACGUGGCUGCGCUACGCAUCCACGAAGCAUAGCCGAAAGGGUGAGGAGAACAAAAAUCAGCGAGCGAAUCCGGAAGCUGCAAGAACUCGUGCCUAAUAUGGAGAAGCAAACGAGUACUUCGGAUAUGCUCGAUUUAGCCGUCGACUACAUUAAGGAUCUGCAGAAACAAGUGAAGACACUUUCGGACAGCAAAGACAAGUGUUCCUGCCCUGCUAAACACGCAUAAGGUUUUUAUCUGUAAGUAAGUUACACUAGGCAAAUUCUGUAUAUGAUAUAUUCUAUUGAAGGUGGAUCGAUUGGACAUAAUUUCACCUUUGACAUCAACUUUCUCUAUCUUAGUGUGCACUGUCGGGUAGCAGCUGCGAAUUCUCAUGUUAUUAAAAAAUUAAAGAAAAAAAAUGAUUUGAUUUGAUUUAAUGAUGUUAACAACCAUGGAAAUGGAGACAAAUUUUUAUUGAUUAUUGGUAA